AUGCCGGACGCGUUUGGAAGUCUCACGGACCGCAUCAAGAUGAAUCGCCGGGGGACGCAGACUCAAAGAAGCAACGACGAUACGAUCGACUUGACUGAGUCACCACGCGGCGUCGCACACACCAACGCGAGCUCAGAAAUUAUCGAGCUGCGCUCAAGCUCAGAUGAUGAAUUAUCGAUUACAACGACGAAAACACGCGUGAAAGCUGUUCGGAAACCACGAGCCAAGAUGGCCAGGGCCCUCCCAUCAUCUCCAGACGAUCAUUUUCGAGCACGCGACUCACCUGCAGACGAUCUACCUCCCAUCACUGCACUCGGCCCGAAUGACGACCCCUCCUCAUCCUCCCUUUCCAACUAUACCCUCAAUGCCGACACUGCUGUGAAGAAACCCGCGAAGAAAGCCCGAAAGAAGAAGGAAAUCGCAGAAGGCGAGAAACCUGCAAAACAGCCGCGGCAGAAGAAGACGAAGAAGGUGCAGGAAGAGAAUGAGGACGACUGGACGAAAAAGGAGGUGAGGAAAGGAAAAAGAAAGGCUAUGGAGGAAGACGAGUCCGCGUUCAAGAGCAACGAGUUUGUGCACGACACGGAGGACGAAGGGCAGGGCAGACCUCCCGAUCUGCCCGGCCACGACGACCUGUUCGAUGGUGCACUGUCGCCCGCCCCGGUAGCUGAGGAAGAGGUCUUGCCAGGUGACAAGCGGAGGCCAGAUGAAGAUGCCUCGGUUUCUCCUAUGCAAAAGAAGAAAGCCAGGAAGACAAGAGUGGUAGACUCGGAUGAGGAGGAAGAGGGCACCAGCACGGCGGAGAAGCGGAGGGGUGGCACGGACGACGAGGUAUUCGGUGGCUCGAAUCCGAGGAAGAAAAGUAGGAAAGACCAGAACCAGGCCAGAGAGCAGUCGCACGACGAUCCCUUCAAAGACGAUCUCUCCCCACCGAAGGGGUCAGUUGAUGAUGAGACUUUGGCUGCAAGCGCUCAGAAAGUCUCUGUACUGGAAACACCUAGAGCAGCCAUUGGGAAACGGACCAAAUCCACGCCCAUGUCGGAACUCAUUCGUAAAGUGAAUUCUCGACCUGAUUCGCCUUUCCCUGUGACGGUUCCUCGGUCUCGCUCGUCGUUGGGGACGGUACCGCCAGGCACGCCUGUGACAUCAUACUCCCCAUACGCCAAGUUUUCGCGACGCGCGCUUUCUCGGAUCGCCCCGCUGCACCCAAACAGACGCACACCACCACCGCCACUACCACCACUGCCACCGAAGCCCAAGACGAAAAAGGAAAAAGAAAUGGAAGAACGAUGGGAGGAGGAAAUGAUCGAGGCAUAUGGCGGAUGGGAUGCUUGGAAACAGCUGACCGAACAGGAGCAGAAAGUGGCUCGCAGAGAAAAGUGGAGAAGAGAGCAGGAAGGCUGGGAUUGA